AUGGCUUCGUCCGCCGGCCGUGACGGCGCCCAGAUCAAGCACCCUAGGGUGCUUCUGCCCUUCACCUGCGACAGCCUGCGCAUCCCAGACGAGCUCGCCGAGGGGAUCGGCGCUGAGGAGGCCCUCGUCGUCGGCCCGGCCAGCGGCACGGCCAAGCACUGGCGCGUCGAGGUCGGGUGGGACGGCGACGGCGCGUUCCUGGGGCGCGGGUGGCCGGAGUUCGCGGACGCGUGCGGCGUCGAGGCCGGGUGGCUGCUGGUCCUCCGCCACCGCGGCCAUGGCCUCCUCACCGUCAAGGCGUUCGAUGCCAACUGCUGCCUCAUCAGGGAGCAGCUCCGCACUCCCGCUCCGCGUGCAGUUGGAGCAACCGCGAGCAGCAAAGGUGCCUCCAGGAAGCCACAGUUCAUCAGGGUGCAUUCAAGAGAUUUCAUGGAAAAGCUGCUAAUACCUUCUGAGUUUGUUCAACAACAUCUACCCAAUGAGAAGUUGAACAAUCGUCAAGCCAUUAUUUUCGGGCCCCUCGGCGAAGUUUCUCACAUUGAGCUUGAGAAGAACUCGUCAGAUGAUGUCUUCUUUUCAGGUGCCUGCUGGUUAAAGUUUCGGCUAUUUUAUAACAUCACUGAAGCUGAUGCUCUGCAGUUGACGUAUGAGGGCAACAUGGUCUUUACAGUCAAAGUGUUUGAUCAUGAUGGAUACCAGAGAGAGUCCAAUCACAAGGAAACCAGAGCUCAACUAGCAACAUCAUCAGACAUUGGAGAGCAGGAGCGGCAGGAAGCACCAUCUGUUUCCAUUCAAAAGCAUUGCAAGAUCAAAGUGCCAGGUAGUGAUGGUGAAAAGAAACCAAAAGGGAUCGCGACUCCUUUAAAUGAGGAGCCAUCGUGGAUGAAACCUGUUUAUGAGAUUGGACGGCCAUCAUCUGUAAAGAAACAGAUCAAUGCCAACACACUUAAGGAACUCGGACCUUCCACAAUAAUCACCCUCAAGACCUCAAUGAGCAGUACCGAAUCCUGGAAGGUGCAUGCUGUUCAACGCAAGGAUAUGGCGGGCUACAGGCUCCUGCAGGGUUGGAGGUUGUUCUGCUCGGAUAACAAUAUCAAGCUAGGCGACAUCUGCACCUUCACUGUCAUCGAGACAACAUUGUGGCACGUCAUUGCCUGCACUCGUUGUAAGGAAACAAUAAAUCAUCUCUGCAAUUAUUUGCCACCGGUCUUCUGCAAAGCAAUUGGGAUCUCAAAACCUUGCACUGUCACGCUUAAGACAUCGAUGAGCUCUACAAGGACGUGGCAGGCACGUGUCGCCCCGUAUCAGGGUACUAGCCACCAUGUUUCAGGGCAGGGCUGGACGCAAUUCUGCAGGGAGAACAGGAUCAAGGUGGGUGAUGUCUGCACCAUCAACUUCGUUGAAACCACCAUGUGGCAUGUCAUCAUCAAUUCACGGGAGUGA